GAUAACUAAACAGAAAACGAAUAAGCGACAAGAACUUGGAUUUUUUAUUUACAUACGCUAGAAAGUGCAGAAUUUAUAUUUAAACCAUUACUGAGUAGAAAGAAAGCCAAGCCAUGCAGCGCGGCAAGAUAUCGUUUGGCAAAAUACAGCUAAACGUGAGCAAAACACCCGCUGAGAUUAAAAAGCCCGAUGAAGAUGCUGGUGGCUUUAAGAAAAUAAACAAGCAACAAAUGAUACGCCAAAUUGAAGAUGUGGCCGAGGAUCUGGAGAGUCAGCAUCUUAAGGAUGUGAUGGGCAUCAGUGGAUUUGGCCGCAAGGCAGCCAAAGUGUUUGACAUCAAUGAGCAGAUCGCCAAGGCGCGAACAAUUGCACCACCGGUUAAGGAACAGGAGGAAGAGGCUUCUGAUGAUGUUAUAGGUCCGCUGCCACCAGCAGCAGUCACAGAGCAACAACAGCAGCAGCCGGAUGAUGCCACUAAGAAGCAGGCAAGUAGCAAGCAGGCAGAGGCUGAUUCGGACGAAGAUGACGAUGAUUCGGAUGAGGAUGAGAAUAAUCUGGCACGUCGCAUACCCUACACACAUGAGGUGCAAAUGCAACACGGCUCGCGAGCUGUCUUGGCCCUGGCUGGGGAUCCAUCGGGCGCACGCAUUGUUUCCGGCUCCAUAGAUUAUGAUAUGUGCUUUUGGGACUUUGCUGGCAUGGACUCGGCUAUGCGCAGCUUUCGUCAGCUGCAGCCAUGUGAGAAUCAUCCUAUACGCGCUCUCCAAUAUUCGGUGACUGGCGACAUGAUUCUGGUCAUAUCUGGGAAUGCCCAGGCCAAGGUGCUGGAUCGGGAUGGCUUCGAGAAGCUGGAAUGCUGCAAGGGUGAUCAGUACAUCAGUGACAUGACACGCACCAAGGGACAUGUGGCGCAGCUCACCUCGGGCUGCUGGCAUCCCUUCAACCGGGAGCAAUUCUUGACAGCAGCGCUGGACGGCACACUGCGCAUCUGGCAGGGAUUGCGUGCCAAGGACCAGUUACAAGUGAUCAAGACUCGAGCCCAGGGCGGUCUAAGAACCAGUGCCUCCGCGUGUAAUUUCAAUCGGGAUGCGACACUAAUCGCUGCCGGCUGUGUGGAUGGCUCCAUUCAAACGUGGGAUACGCGCAAGAUGUAUGUGAACACGACGCACUGCGUCCGGGGAGCACACCAGACGGGCUCGGAAAUCACCUCCAUUGUGUUCUCGUACAUGGGCCAGCAGCUGGCGACACGUUGCAAUGAUGAAACCAUGAAACUCUGGGAUUUGAGGAACUUCAAGCAACCGCUGCACACCUGGACGAAUCUCUUCUCCCGCUAUGAUACCACAGACUGCUGCUUCAGUCCGGACGAUCGCUUGCUGGUCACAGGUGAAUCGCUGCCCAAGGGCCAAACGGAGGCCAAUUUGUAUUUCUAUAGCACGCAAAGUUUCGAGGAAGUGCAGCGGAUUCCCGUUGCCGGUUCGCAUGUGAUCAAGACUCUGUGGCAUCCCAAAUUGAAUCAAUUGUUCGUCAGUUGUGGCAAUGGCAUCAUCAAGUGCUUCUACGAUGAACAGCGCAGCAUACGUGGCGCCAAGCUGUGCGUGGUGAAAACGCAUCGCAAGAGACAACAAAUGGAAAUGGUUGGCGUGUCACAGAUCAUAACUCCUCAUGCGCUGCCCCUAUUCCGGCAGGAGAAGACACGAUCCUCCCGCAAAAAGAUGGAAAAGGCGCGCAUGGAUCCGGUCAAAUCGAAGCGACCGGAUUUGCCCAUUACCAGCGGGCAGGGCGGACGUGUGGCCAGCUCCGGUGGCACACUCUCCUCGUAUGUCAUCCGCAAUCUGGGUCUGAGCAAGCGCGUCGACGAUGAUCAAGAUCCGCGCGAGGCUAUACUCAAGUAUGCCAAAGAUGCGGCCGAGAAUCCAUAUUGGAUUGCACCCGCCUACAAGCAGACUCAACCGACGGCCAUCUUUUCCGAGAAGCUGCCAGCGGAUGAAUCUGCGCCGGUGGCCAAGAAACCAAAAACCGAAACGGAUGCCACAUAAACUUUUAAGUAGAUCUAUAAACACAUAUAAUUAAUCUGAUUGUUGUUCGUAGGCGCGUGAUAGACUUAAUAAAUGCUGAAUGUAUUUAAACAA